GUGAGUAGGUUCAAAACGGGGACACCUGGGUCACCUAACCGUGUUAAAUAAGUAUAACAGGUGAUAAAACGCAAACUUCCCGUCCCAAUGUCGAGCUGCUCUGUGCUGGAUUACUGUAUGACUCAGUUGGCGGAGAUGCAGGGAUUUAUAGAGCAGCUCCACGCCCGCCGAACCAAAGAGAAGGGCGACUCGCGCGCUGGACGAACACUCGUCCUCGAGAAGAUACAAAACAAAGAAAAUGCGGGCGAACGCGAGCUCGGGUUUUGUUAUAGACGUUAUCGAGCUGGAGUCGUUUGUGAACAGCCCUCCUGAUGGCUUCGCUGUCGAGAGCCGCGCGGGCUGCAGAGUCGUGAAGUGGGAUCAGGAGGACAGCUGCGUGUUCAUCGACGACGUCCAGUCCAGCGAGGGGAAAGUGGUUUUCUGUAACUCUCCAGGAAGGAAAGUCACAGUACGUACUUUGGGGGAGUACGCAGAUUUGAGACGACGGCUGACCUCGAAAACGAUAUACAUCCUUGUGUCUGCGUGCACCAGAACAAAAGCAGAAAAAAAGAGGAACACGGAUGCUCCAGUUCUUCACAAUUAUGUGGUGGCGAUCAACGGCGGUCAUCCAAUGAUCAGAUGGGAGAUGGAGAGAGGCUUAGACAUGACCAUUUCAUCUGUUGCUGGAGAAAGUUAUGCAGUUGAUGUUGAUGUUAGUGCUGCACUACACGGAUGGGUCGGUGAGAGCUUUCACAUCCUUGUUGAUGUAGAAAAGGUAAAGCCCAUCUGGAAAGACGCACAUUUCACCAUCAAGUACCGUUCUGAUGCUCUUUUUGACUUUCCCUACUGGUUCGGCUGCAGCAAACGACAAUUCAGGGUCUCUUACCAUGGAAGAUGAGAUCGACACUUAAAAUGUUGAAGCCCUGCACAGACGAGGAGACCAUUUAUGCACCUUAAAGGACAGUUUUACUGUAGAUAAAACUUUAUUUUGCUCAUGUCAGCAGUAAUACGAAAACGAUCAUAAAGAAAUGGAGAUCACUAGUACUUAAUCUUAAUUCUGUUGAAGCAGAAAGGUCAAUUUCAUAAAUCCUCACAUUGUAAACCAGCAAACUCAAGAUAGUUACAAUACUUUCUACGCGAAAGCGUCACCUUCAUUGCUUUAAAUGGAUCAUAUCAUGAGGAAUCUAAAAUUUUAGCUGUUUGGAUUCCUGAAAUAAAUAAUUAUGUUUUUUUACAAAUUCUGGCUGUGUGUCACACCUACAGCUCUGCAUAUAGUUCCAUUAACAGAAACGUGCAGUUGGGACUGGGCGAUAAAACAAUGACAAUUGUUGCAAUGUAAUUCUCCUCAAAAAAUGUUUGCUAAACGUUCAAUAUGAUGUAAAAACCGUAAAACAAAAAACGGUGCUACUCGUUUGAACCAUACCAGCUUAAAGUUCAAAUGGCAUUUUAAAGUAUCCAUCAUGUGAUGGAAACAAUGAAUUUCAAAUAAAAGUGACUUAAUUCGCGAACAAGUUUUAACACUUGUUUCAGGUGGCUUUUGACUUGAAGUGCGAAAAAGGGUUAAUGUGAACAAUGGGACAUGGAAAUGCAUAUACUGCAUUCAUUUACUAUGGAUUUAAUCAUAAGAAAUUUUAUUAUAUUAUUAAUGUAGACAUAAAUUAACAGAGUAAUUACAGUAUUCUUGUGAUCAAGCUGUAGUUAGACAAUUGUUUUUGUAAAUGCCUAGAAAGAAUAUAGAUACAUUUACACCAUGAUAUUGAGGUGCUAUGUGUGGUUUUAUUAUGAGAUAAAUGUGGUCAAUUUUAAUUUGUAGAAUUUUUAACUGUAGAAAAAUUUAAUUUCACCUUAUAAAAAUUAGGUAUUAAAAGAUUUAUUAUAGUCAUCAACUGAUAUGAAAAUUUGGUUGUGAUAUAUCGCUCAGCCCUAUAUGCAGUUAUACCCUGGUAAUUUGGGUCUGACAUUUCAUCACAGAUUAUUUUGUCAUGUAAAGCGGACUUUGCAAAGGGGCUGAUUUUGCUGAGCUGUAUUUCACACAACAGGAAACCUGCAAUCCGGUGCAGAACUUGCCAUUUUUAAAGGCACAGUAACAAAAAAAAACGACCAUUUAAAUCUGAAGCUCAGAGAGAGGUGUGAAAUCAAACAUUUUUGACAAAUCUUUC